GUCCUGCUGAGAUCGGGAUUUGGUCUCGUCCAAUUACCAGAAUCACGGGUAUAUUUUAUCCAUGUGCAUAACAUGAUCGACAGGGUUCUGGAAUUGCCCCGGCUGUAACGCACGAUUCAAAUUUUUGGGUGUGGAAAAUGUCACUCGUCGAGGAUCACGUACGACGUCUGGAUCUCUACCUCGACAAGCUGCACUUACGAGCGUUCGACUCAGCGCAGCCGUCGAGCACGGACCAGGAUGAGUCCGUAAAAAUAGCCCAUCACCUAUUCGCUCCGCCCGUUGCCGCGCUCGCCGGAAUCGCGAGAGCUUUGUCGGCGGGAUCUUCCUCCGGCCCGCUCUUGAAGCCCUCCAAACUUCUGGAUCUGUUGCGCCAGGUCUGCCGGCUGAGGUCUGAUCUGGAGCACAGCGAAGCCGGGUUGGAUGAUGGUUACGCCCCAGACCUCGUGUGGAUGGUGGCGGCAAAGGCCACCGUUCAGGCAUUCGCCAUCGUGGUCAACGCGUUAUUGGAAGAGACUGCUCCGCUGAGUGAGGGUAUCUGGUACUGGGAUGGUGUUCUGGGAUCAUACUUCAAUAGUGGCCUGUAUGCCAUUCAGACCUCGCCAUUGCGAUUCGGCAACCGGAUCAAGGACAUCUAUCACCAUGUCUGCCGGCUACGACCUCAGUCGCGCUUCGAAUUGGACAGUUCAACCCUGUCAGCGCGCUGGGGCACGUUUUACCAGCUCGUGCGAGAGAGUGUGAGGCAGCAGAGCAUGUCACAAGCCAAGCAGUUAAUGCUGUCUCCCUUCCAGUUAUGUAGGUCAGAGGCCAGGCGGAAUAGGCGAAGCUUGAGGAAGAUGCGGGAGCUGAAUGCUUGUGCCGUCGGCCUCUUGAUGGAAGAAGCCCUGCUGUUCGAUUUCGACGAAGAGGAUACCGAUACCAACACUGCCAAUGCCAAUCCAGAGGACUGGCAAGAUACUGUUUUCCGGACGACUCUACUCAUACGAACUAUUCUCAAUAAUGUUAAUGAUCUCAGCAAUGAUUUUAACGGAUUUGAAGACAAUGUGUUUGCCAGUGUUGAUGCAGUCGACGCACCAUUUAUUGAAGAGAGCCAUCAAAAGCCUUUGUUUGAUCAAGCUUUCAGUGUCAUCCAGCAGCUUAUAGAUAUUUUGGAAGAACAAUUGCCGCACCAACGACUUUUGUCACGGGGUCUUACCCGUCAGUAUGGGCGUCCUUCUCGGCUCGUUCGCUAUUGGCUUCCUGCAUCUGCAUUUCUGUUCUCUUCCAGUACCAUUCUGAAUAUAUUGACAAAUAGACGUGCAGAGUUGGUCACUUGGGUCCGAGAACUGGGAACUACAAUGAAAGAUUUCUGGGUGAACUGGGUCAUUGAGCCCUUGAAUCAACUGGUUGGAACAAUACGCCAUGACGAGAAGAGCGAAGUGGCCUUGAUGAGCAAAGGCAGCUUGCAAUCAGACUUUGCUAGCCUAGAGCGUAUGGUUGUGGAUUACGCCAUCCGGCAUCCUGAGCAUGGACCCGACCGCGCGUUCACUCCUGCUGAGCUCGAGCAAAUCCGGUCGGGUGUCAGGGAAGGAGAUCUCACUCUCGUCCUAAAGGCCUAUGAGCGGGAUUUGCAGAGCCCUUUUAUGGGUGCUGUUCGAGGGGACUUGAUUACAACCUUGCUUAUACAGAUUCAGAAAACCAAGGUGGACGUCGAAGUUGCAAUGAGUGGGAUUGAUUCUCUCCUCCAAAGCCAACAGCUAGUUUUUGCUUUCAUCGGCCUGACUCCUGGUAUCCUUGUCUCCUAUUCGGCUAUCACCUGGCUCACCAAUGUUUUUGGUAGUCAGAAGGGACUACGACGGGGUAAGAGGCGUGAAGAAGCAAGACGGUCACUACGAGCGGUCAAUCGCAUCCUAGCCUCUUCAGUGCCUACCCCAACGGGAGUAUUAUCUUAUAAGGACCACGGCCUAUUGAUCUGCGAGGCGGAGAUCCUUCGUCGAAGAGCAUAUGCAGUUUUACCUGGACACAUAUAUCACGAGUUCCAUGAGGACCUGACCGACCUUCUGAAUGUUAGUUCUGGUAUCGUCCAACAAUUGAGGGUUUUAGAGCAAAUCCGAUGGGCGUAUUCCCGAUGGAUCUGUUAGUGAAAUGACG